UGCGAAUUCAUGAACUUUAUCAUAGCCAACUAGUGAGAGAAAAUCUCAUUCUUCUGCAGACUUUAUAUAAUAAUAUUGAUUUGAAGAUUUUACUGAAAUUUAUUUAUCAAAUUCGUUUAACUUCUGAUUGAUAACAACUGUACCGUCAUGACAGUUAAAAGUCAUUGAAUAUUUUAAAAUAGUGAUGGGAACUAUCUGAGAAUGCCUGUAAUAGAAGAUAAUCGAAAUUCAUUAUGAAAAUUCCGACAAAAAAAAUUAGCUUAUCUUUAACAAAACUCAGAUUUCUUCGAUUAAGAAAAACAUUUUCUAUAAAAUCUUCAAAUUCUCAACUUAGAAAUAUAUCAAAUUGAAAAUUUUCAAUAGCAUAAUUUUCUGUAAGAAGAAAAUUCGAUAUUUCUAAGCGUUACAUUUUUUCUCCCAUUGACGUUUUCAUCAAUCAUUAAGUUUAUCCAAAUUAGUUGAUUAUCAAGUUUUUUAUGAAUUUAGUUGCAUAUUUUUUAUUGAAUAAAGUGUUGUAAAAAAAAAAAUAACCACUCGUGGACUAUUAUACGGCCUUGAUAAGAUUAUAAUUAUCGUAAGUCAUUGAAGAUAGCUAUAGUUUAAGUAUAUAGAUCUGAAAAAUUGCAAAUCAUUCUUCAUUUAAAGUUCAACUGUAAGAGUGUUGUAGAACAUUGCGGGUGAAUAUUAAAACAAAUAAUAUACAGAAAUAGUUAAUUAUUAAAAUUAAAUAAAAAUGGCUUUAGAAGAAUCUGAUAAUUUAUCAUCUAAAGAAAUAAUAGAAUAUUCAGACGAAGUUAUCCAAAAAUUAUUCAGCGUAAAACUUCCAUUAGAUUGGAAUAAAUUAAAAAGAGAAAAGAAAAGUGAACUAGUACAUCAGUGGGCACGUGAAGCGUUUCCUAACGUACCUGAAUCACUAGUGACACUUACAGUAGGUUUGGCUGUCGAUGGUGAUUCUGGAAAAUCUAUAGACGAAAUACCUGAAUGGUUAGACCACGAGAAAUUUGCCCGCGGUCAAAAAUUCGCUCAAAAUAAUAUUUUCGGAAUUUUUUUUUCAAUACUUUUAACUUUGUUCGGUCUUUAUUCGUUUGAAGACGGUCUCAAUCCAUUGAUUAUGACUGGAAAAUCAUCAGAGCCAUAUACAGCAUUUAAAAGAUACCUAUCAACUGGUGCGCGGUUCAGAAAUUGGUUCACCAGUGAUCUUUGGACCAAGGGUACACCUGCAUACAAUGACAUUAAAACCGUCCGGCGAGUUCACGCAAUUAUACGUAAUAAAUUAAAUGAAAUGUCAAAUGAGGAAAUAAAUAAAGCCACGACAAUUGAGGAUCCAUGGUCACCGAUGAGAAAUAGUUUAUUGAAAGAUUUUCGAUCAGCAUGUCCUGUAGCUUUACCUGGCCAAUGCCCUUUUACAAUUAAAUCUCAAGGUCCUGUGCAGCCUCAAAAAAUGCAUCAAGGUGAAAUGGCUAUGACACAGGGUGGGUUUGUUUGUUUGGUUGUUCUUUACCCUCAAGCUUUAGGUAUACAUGGUGCUACCGACAAAGAACUUGACGAUUUUUGUUAUGUUUGGAGAUGUAUCGGUUAUCUUUUAGGAAUUGAAGAUGAGUUCAAUUUCUGCCGAGGAACAUUGGAAGAUAUUAAACAACGUUCUGCAGACUAUUUAAACUCGUGGGUGAAACCUAAUUUCCGUGAUAUGACACCAGAAUUUGAACAUAUGAUGAGAUGUUUAAUUGCUGGUUCAGAUAAUUAUUCUUUUGAUGUUUCUAAUAGUUCUUUUGAAAUAAGUCUACUGUAUUUUACGGAGUUGAUAGGUCUUGACAUGCCGCAACUACGUGCCUCACUUAGUUAUUCUUCUUGGAUAAAACAUCACGUUAUGAAGUUAAUGAUGCAAUAUGCGAUGCGAGUACCUCAAAUAAAAAAGUUAUUGAAUUUUCAAACAAAUAAAAGUAUGAACGAUGCGCUGAAAUUUACAAAUGAAAAGCACGCCGAGUUACAACAAAAAUCUUCCAAACUAUUGUCAUCUGUAACAUCUAAAAUUGAAAACGAAAAUAUUUUUACUCAGUACAAAAUCUAUGAAUCUUUAUUAAUUAUUAUGUUAUGUUGUUUUGUAUAUUUAAUCUUUUUUUAAACAUAAUAAAAAUAAAUUUCGUACAAAAUUAUUUAUA